GCCCAAACUUCAAUUUUCUUCUCCCUCCUUUCUCCGUUUCUUAAGCCCCCUUUCUCUGCUAUUCAAUUUUUUAUUUUUCAGAUUGAUUUCCUUGCCACAGAUUUCAGUCGUGCUUUUAGACUUUUGUUUUGCUUUGUAUGGACGCGGCUGGAUUGAGCGCAAUUUACAGAGAGCACCAUCUGUUGGACACUUUUCUAAAGCAAAAGUGUAGAAGAAAGUUGGAAUCGAUGGAGAAUGGUGGGAUAGAUCUGUCAGUCAAGGUUGAAGACGAGAAUGGGAACGCAAAUGCUGUCGUAGAUUUUUUCUCGCAGAAAUCUGGAGGCGUAGCUCUCGGUUUCGACAACGAGAGAAAGGCUUUCGCUUCGAUUUCUACUUCCGCCCCCCACCACGUCUCGACUGGUCUACAACUCGUAACGAUGCCUGCCAACACAGCUAGCGAUCGAUCUACUGUGGAUGAUGAGGCUAUGUCACCGGUUCGAUCCCCCGACACUCCCAGCCCGGAGGAUGCGGAGCCCAAGAGCGAGUUGACGACGCUACAAGAAGAGCUGAGUCGAAUGAGCGAAGAAAACCAGAGGCUGAGAACCAUGUUGAGUCAUAUAAGUAAUAAUUAUGGAAAUUUGCAGAUGCAUUUAAUGUGUCUUAUGCAACAACAAAAACGCCCAUCAGAACAGGCGGAAGAGAAAUUGACAAUAUCAUUAGGAUCAAUGGAGGGCAAGGAAGGUGAAGGUGAAGGUGAAGGUGCAGCACGUCCAGUGCAAAGACAAUUCAUGGAUCUGGCAACAACCGCUUCCCAACAUUCCCACUCCUCUGAUGCAGAUACCCUCAAGCCCAUGCCCACAACUACAACCAACGAGGUCCUAUCCAGAAAACGUGAUGUCACCACUAGUGAUCUUCUAACGGAGACCAAGCAAACACAGGGGGGCUCUGAAAAUUCUCGCGAUCCCCGCCGCGGCAGGCCUUCCACCACGGAAGACACCUCCGAUCAUGAAGAUGGAUGGAUACCCAAUAAGACGCAAAAGUUUUCUAGCAAGAACACCACUGUCGUUGACCAGACCGACGCAACCAUCAGAAAAGCCCGUGUUUCGGUUCGAGCCAGAUCUGAAGCUCCUAUGAUAAGCGAUGGGUGCCAAUGGAGGAAGUACGGACAGAAGAUGGCCAAGGGCAACCCUUGUCCCAGGGCAUACUACCGAUGCACCAUGGCCGCCGGCUGCCCAGUCCGCAAACAGGUUCAGAGGUGUGCAGAAGAUAGGUCGGUUUUGGUGACGACAUACGAAGGGAACCACAAUCAUCCUCUUCCACCGGCGGCCACAGCGAUGGCGUCGACCACGUCUGCUGCAGCGUGCAUGCUGCUCUCAGGCUCAACCAGCAGCAGCAGCCACGAAUAUGGGUAUCACAAUUCCAAUAUGAACAUGAACAUGAACAUGAUGGCGGCUGCAGGUGUACUGCCCUGCGCCUCCAUGGCUACAAUCUCCGCCUCCGCUCCCUUCCCUACCAUCACCUUGGACUUAACGCACACCCCCAACCCCUUGCACCAACGCUCCGCACCCGCUUUCCACAAUAUGCCUAGUUUUAAUGCAGGUUUCAACCAGUUCCAAUCCAAAUUCGCCCCACUGGCAGGGCAGGGGCAGCCCCCAGCUCAUGGCCACCACCCUCACCCGUCACUGGCCGAUACAGUCACCGCCAUCACUGCAGAUCCCAACUUCACCGUUGCCCUCGCCGCUGCCAUAACAUCCAUCAUGACUAGCAAUAAUGCCACUCUUCCUCCUCCUCCUCCAUCACAACCAGCCUGUAGCAGGCCCGAUAAUCAGAGCCCCACCUCCAAUAAUCAGUUGCCUGUAUCCCACCACUGAUGCGUUUUCACAGGAGCAAUGUCUCUCAUACACCACAACCCUUCACUCACAAAUGGGGUUUCCGUUUGGAGAAGCAAACAGAGAAUGUGAUUGUGAACAACAUCCUUAUAUUUAUUCAUCGGGCUGCUUGCGGCCCCCCCAUACAUAUGGGCGAUUGCCCUUCAUUGACAGCAUACAAUUUUGUUGUGAAUAUACCCUGGUUAAUUCAUACAUGUAUGUUCUGCAUUCUUCUCCGCCCAGCGGACUUUACAGCCAUGGAUUCUUUUUAGUCGACCACAAUAAAUUGUCACACGGGAAAACAAUUGUAUUGAUUUCCAGACAUAUUUGUCUAUUUCCAUUCGUUUUCAAUCAAUCUCUUUCAUAUCUUCCAAAUUGUUUCGA